AUGAUACAAACAUUCGAGUUUUGGGCAGCUGCAGCUCUCCUCCUGGAAGGUCCGCCAGAGGAGCGCGAGUGCGAGGUUCAGGUGUUGUCGCCAGUCGCUCCUCUCCGGCCCCCGCAGCUGCAGCACCAACGCCACCACCACCAGCACCACGUUCAGGGAACUGUGCAUCAUCCCUUCCCCCAGCAGCAGCAACAGCACCAGCAGGCGCAGUAUCCCCAGCAGCAGCUCCAGCACCUGGCGGCGCCGCACCCCCAGCCGCUGGGCCAGCAGCGCCUGGGGCCCACGUACCCGUGCCCUUACUGCGGCAAGACCUUCGACCGGCCCUCGCACCGCGACCGCCACGUGCGCAUCCACACGGGGGAGAAGCCCUACCGCUGCCCGGUGUGCUCGCACUCCUCCAGCCUCAAGGAGAACCUCAAGUCCCACUUCCUCCUCAAACACCCGGGCUGUGACCCUGGCGUGUUGAUGGCGCCGAUGCCGCACAGAGGCGGCGUGGAAUGGCUGGACUGUUCUUGGCCCAUAGGGGAUGAGGGGAGUAGGUCCCAGGCCUCCUCGGCGGCAAUGUCCCUGCCAACACAGAUGCCCCUUCCCUUGUCUUCCUCCUCCACCACCUCCGCCUCGAGCUCUUCGGGCCCGUCCCUCAGGCUGGCCCUGGGCGGGAUGUGUGGCCCUAGACCACCCCAGCCGCCGCCGCCGCCUCAACAGCCGCCGCAGCCUCCGCAGCCGCUGCUGCAGCCGCAGGGGAGCGUCCAUCCUCCCUCAGUCGGGCACGACCUGAUCCAGCGCAAGGGCGGAGGCGAUUACGUGUGCGGGUACUGCGGCAAGAACUUCGUGGCGCCGGCCUUCCUGCGGCGCCACAUCCGAGCGCACACGGGGGAGAAGCCCUUCAAGUGCCCCCACUGCGACUUCCGGGCCACGCAGAAGGGCAACCUCAACAGCCACAUCAUCAACAGACAUAACGCACCGACCGUGUGAUGAGCGGG